ACUAGUUUACUCAAACGGGUGACGUCCUGCGCAUGCGCAGUAAGCGGUAGCUGCAAGGUGGGAAAAUUCAUUUCUGUCUCCUCUCCUCAUACUUCAACAUAAACAUGAUUUACAGACACAGUUUACAACUUUACGGAGCAUAAAACUGGACCAACAUACUCUGGAGAAACGAUUAUUUCCAUAGGAGCAGGCCUGAGCAUCCUUGAGUGUGUGAAGGCUGACAGCCCCUAUCUGGGCACAGAAAACAAACCAGCCCUCACUGAUUUUCUCUGGGGAAUCAGCAGCUUACCUGUUUGUGCAACAUGAAGAUUGCGGUGGAAGGCUGUUGCCAUGGAGAGCUGGACAAGAUCUACGAGACAAUCGGCUAUCUGGAGAAGAAGGAAGGGAUAAAAGUGGACCUGCUGCUUUGCUGUGGAGACUUCCAAGCCGUGCGAAAUGAAGGAGACAUGAAGUGCAUGGCCGUACCAGCCAAGUACAGAACGAUGCAGACCUUUUACAAAUACUAUUCUGGAGAGAAGAAGGCUCCGGUCCUGACCAUCUUCAUUGGAGGGAACCAUGAGGCUUCCAACCACAUGCAGGAGCUGCCUUAUGGAGGCUGGGUGGCACCCAACAUUUAUUAUCUGGGUUAUGCUGGUGUUAUUCGCUACAAAGGGAUCAGAAUUGGUGGCGCAUCUGGAAUCUUCAAAUCACGUGACUACAGAAGGGGUCACCAUGAAUUCCCCCCAUACAAUCCUGAUACGCUCCGAAGUGUUUACCACAUUCGAAACAUUGAGGUAUUCAAAUUGAAACAGAUCCAGAUGCCCAUGGACAUUUUCAUGAGCCACGACUGGCCUCGUGGAAUCUACCACUAUGGAAGUACGGGGGAGUUGUUGAGAAAGAAGAAGUUUCUGCGUCAGGAAGUGGAGACCAACACUCUGGGAAGUCCUGCUGCUGAGGAGCUCCUCGCUCACCUCCAGCCCAACUACUGGUUCUCUGCACAUCUCCAUGUGAAAUUUGCUGCCGUUAUGCGGCAUCAGCCAAAAGCUAAUGCUGCCCCACGUGUGACCAAAUUCCUGUCCCUGGAUAAAUGUCUGCCCUACAGGGAAUUCUUACAGAUUGUGGAUGUUCCAGAGAGAGAGGGUUCAUCUGAGGGUCUGGAGUAUGACCCAGAGUGGCUUGCUAUUCUGAAGGCCACCAACAAUCUGCAAAGGACCACCCCUCACCCCUGGAACCCCCCAGAGAAUAAUGGCUUGCACGAACGGUGGGACUUCAGACCUUCAGAAGCAGCUAUGAUGAAGGUGAUGGAGGAUCUUGGCGGUGAACUCGCCAUUCCAGACAACUUCAGCCAGACUGUGCCACCCUAUGACCCCAACAAGCCCCAACCCCACACCCCGCCCAGCUGCAACACCAACCCUCAGACGACCGAGCUCUGCGCCACGUUAGGCCUCACAGACCUCUACGCCCAUGUUGGGGAGGGAGGUGUUGACUUAGGGAGAAUUCAAGGCAGUACUGGAGGUGAGGAGGAGGAUGAAGAUGAUAAUGCGGACGAACCCAGCGAGUACCCAACUGACACGUCGGGAUUCUCGAGUUCAUUUAAUCCCGACGAGAUCACAAUAGAGGAUGAGUGGGAGGAAGAGGAGGAGGUUGAGGGCAACUCAAAAGCAGUAGUAAAGGGAGAUAAGCUGCCUGAAGGUGAAGUCCGCACCCCCGGCCGUAUGUUCCUGCCCCCGCCCAAAUCUGACGCCUCACCCACUACUCUGUCCAACCUGAUGAACCUGCCACCUCCCGCCCACUCUACGCCAGCAGUAGAUUGCUCUCACUCAGCAGCAGAAAGGGAAGAACACUGUGAGGACGAUGAUGAAGAUGCCCGAGCUGCACGUAUCCUGAAACGUACCAGCGAUGAGACCGAGGCUCCUGGCAGUAAAAGCACAACUCCCAGAAUCAAACGCAGAAACCAGGUCAUCUAUACAGCAGUGGAGGAUGACGAGGGUGAGAAUUAGAGGUCAGGGUGAGAUAAGGCAAAAGGUGAGGACUCGUUUCAUACCAUUUGCCACAGAGUGUACAAUUCUCCUAAUUAGUUUUAUUGAUUUGUAAAACUUAGUAUUAAUUUAAGUAUUUACUGUCUGCUUUUUUAUACAGCUACUGACGUGACAAAGCAGAGGUAUGGCUUUAUCAAAAUACCCUAAAAACAGACUGUACACGACAAAAGAGGGUUCAUUUCUGGAUUCAGUUUCUACAGAAAGGCAAUUAUAGCCAUGAAAACAUUUGUUCAAAUAUGAGUUUUUAUAUAUUUUAAACAAACCGAGGAUUUUUUAGGAAACAGAUUUUUGUGUUAAUUUUUGUUGUACAUUUCAAGAUAACAGCAAGAUAACAGCAAUGAGCAAAGAGGCUGUAAAAAUUAAAUAUCUUUUUGUUUUUAAAUGAAUUAAUGACGUAAUAUGCCAUUGUACAGCCAUUUUGCAAACUUUAAAAAUAAAAUGUGGCUGUUUUGUCUUUUAUUUUACUUAUCUGAGGAAAGUGAAAUAAAAGCAAUCAGCAUUCUGCACUCAAA